AGAGAGUGAUGGUAUCCCUCCUCCCGACACAUCUCUGUCCACAAUCACUGCACUGUAGUGUCUGUGAGACCAUAUGAUGGACGCCAACAAACACUCCAUUCACAAACUAUUCCUCUUCAGUCCCAUCGAUGCCAAGGAUGACAUCGAGGAGAAAUACGAGAGAUGUUUACUCUUUGUCCAAAACCUCAUUAAUGGUAAAUCAGAAAAAGAAGGUCACGAAGAGCUCACUUCCACUGCAAUAAAGAGUACCACAAGUCAUGAAGACGUGUGCAUCGGACUCGUGGUCACAAUACUUACGGAUUCUUCCAGUGCUCAGAGGCACUACAGAGAUCUAACUUAUGUGACCAGAGAUGGUAUGACAUAUGUGUUGAAUGUGUUGAACCAAAUCGCUUGUGACAAGUAUCACAAACUUCACGACUCAUCUAGAAAUCAAUUAAUAUGGAUUCUAAAAGAAAUGAUCAAAACUUCUGUUACUGGAACCGAUGGGCUGGUCAUGAAUCUGUUGCGACAGAUAAUUGGCGGCGAUAUAUCACCGAAGAAUGUAUGGCUAAUUGAGACACUCCUGGAUAUACUGGUAGAGAGUAGGCAAUGGUUGGAACAGAUAUCCUUUUUGGUGGCUUCGGUGGUCUACACAUAUCUGCGGCUAAUCGGCGACCACUCGAACCCUCUGUUAGUGAAACUCAAACAAAAAGAAGUGGACUUUUGUUCAUCACUUCUUAGGGAGAGAUUCGCCGAUUGUAUUCCAAUCGGAAGAGAUUUAGUAAGACUUCUGCAAAAUGUGGCCCGAAUUCCAGAGUUCGAGAAGAUUUGGAGGGAUUUGUUCUCUAAUCCGACGGUUUUUGCACCGAAUUUUGGCGGAAUUCAUCAGUUGAUGAAAAUCAGAACUUCGCGAAGAUUUUUUCAGUCGAGAUUAACCCCGGAUAUGGAGCGCAAGAUUGUCUUCCUCACGUCUCAGGUGAAGUUCGGCCAACAAAAGCGAUAUCAGGAUUGGUUUCAACGGCAAUACCUGUCGACCCCCGAGAGCCAAACGCUGAGGUGUGAUGUGAUUCGCUUCAUCUGUGGAGUCAUUCACCCGUCAAAUGAGUUGCUCUGUUCUGAUAUCAUUCCGCGUUGGGCUGUCAUCGGGUGGCUGUUGACCACCUGUACGUCGAGCGUCGCCGCCUCUAACGCCAAGCUCUCCCUCUUCUACGACUGGCUGUUCUUCGACGCCGAACGCGACAACAUAAUGAACAUCGAACCCGCCAUUCUUGUCAUGUAUCACUCCAUUAGGUCACACCCCGCCAUCACCGCCACUCUCCUCGACUUUCUUUUCGAUGUGAACCACACGAGAGACCAGUACUCGAUUAUCGGUGAAGACGGCGGUUGUCUUAACCACAACUCGAAUGCAAACGAAUCGAAAUUCAGUGACGACGAGGAAGAGCCGGUGCCUAAGAAACCAAAGCGAACCAAAAAGGAGAGAGAAGUGAAAGUGGAGAUAAACGAGACGAAGAACGGCGAUAAAGUGAUGCCUCCGAAAGCGAAAGAAAACAAUGCGUUGAGUCUGGAGUCGAGCGCUCUCUCCAAAAGUGAUUUAAUGACUCAAAUCGAACAAAUGAAUGGCGAAGACAUGAGAUCCUGUCUCAUAAGACUCUAUGAAGACAAAGACAAUGAGAGCAGGUGUGAAGCAAUGGAACAAUUGGUUCAGUUUGUGAUGCAAGACGAGGACAACGAUCAGGACAUGGCCUCAAACUUAACGAUAAUAUUGUUAUGCAUUUUAGAAGACGAUCUCUCGAAGAAAGUGUUUCCCAACCGAGAGCUCAGGGCUAUGGUUAGGGAGACUUUCCCUGAAUUCUGCACUACUGAUGGAACGGCAGUCGAUGUGAACCACACAAGAGACCAGUACUCGAUUAUCGGUGAAGACGGUGGUUGUCUUAACCACAACUCGAAUGCAAACGAAUCGAAAUUCAGUGACGACGAGGAAGAGCCGGCGCCUAAGAAACCAAAGCGAACCAAAAAGGAGAGAGAAGUGAAAGUGGAGAUAAAUGAGACGAAGAACGGCGAUAAAGUGAUGCCUACGAAACCGAAAGAAAACAAUGCUUUGAGUCUGGAGUCGAGCGCUCUCUCCAAAAGUGAUUUAAUGACUCAAAUCGAACAAAUGAAUGGCGAAGACAUGAGAUCGUGUCUCAUAAGACUCUAUGAAGACAAAGACAAUGAGAGCAGGUGUGAAGCGAUGGAACAAUUGGUUCAGUUUGUGAUGCAAGACGAGGACAACGAUCAGGACAUGGCCUCAAACUUAACGAUAAUAUUGUUAUGCAUUUUAGAAGACGAUCUCUCGAAGAAAGUGUUUCCCAGUAAUAGCUAUUGUGUGGACGAGGAGGAGUUGGAGGACUCUAUCGGCACUCCUCUGUUCGUAAUGUUUAGGAAUUUGUGUCAAACGGCAGAAGAAGAUCCAAAUCGGAUCCCAUUAUUGAAUCUCUUGGCAGAAAUGGGAGCAAACAAUUCACGCAUCGGUUAUUCAAUGAUAUACUACUUGAAGGCCAGCAAAUCACUGGACAAUCGAAUGUCUUCUUAUCGCGAAUAUGUCAGAGCUUUAGGCAAAGACCUAACGGGUUGUCUCUUAAGUGAUCUCAAGUCGUGCCAAAGCGAUGACGUGAAUAUGUUCUGUUAUCUCAUCCCUGAUAUUUACACCCAAUUCUCUAAUAUAGCGAUUGGAAAUUCAGACCUUUUGAAUCUAAUCGUCUCUUGUAUUGAUUCCUCACAAUUGCAAGACUUAAUCAGUCAUGUGAUGAACGGAACUCUUAAAAUGUUUAGAAAAGAUUCGCUUUUGUCUCUAUUGAAUGCAAGUCUUGAGUGGGAAACUAUAGAACAGUAUUACUUAUGGCAACUGUUGACCGCACACGACAUACCUAUUGAGCAAAUUAUACCAAUUUUGCCAAAAUUAGAAUAUAAUUCUCAUGCCGAAGCCUUAACUAAUAUAAUGCUGUAUUUACAACGAGAAUCUCCGACCUCUAACUUAAUUAAACACAUAAUGAGUCGCGAAUCCAAAAGCAACGACUGUUUUGUUGUAUCGGUUCUGAACUAUUGGUCGCAGAAUUAUUCGGACAAACUCUCGGAACUGAUCUCUUCAUACCUGACCACUAAAGUCAGUUCACCAACAAAACGAACCAAAAGGAACGCUAACAACAACAAAGUUCAGAUCAGUUCCAAUGUAGAGCUAAUUUUGGCACAUUUGGAUCAAUUGCGACAAAGGAAUAAAAACCUCAAUUUCUUUAACAGCGAGACAAUGCAAACAACUUUAGUUCAAUUGCAGUCCAUAGCAUCGGAUACUCAGAAAACAAAAUACAGUGAUUUACUGGCGUUGGCCGAAGAGUUAGACCCAAAGCCUACACCAAAACGCGGCGCAAAGAAUUCAAAAGCGAAGACUAAGUUCUCGAGUGUUUCCAACGCUAACAACGACUCGAACACAGACAGCGAUUCUUCUGAAGAGGAAAUACCUUUAGUUAAACAACAAAAAACAGCAAAUUCUCGCAAAAAACGGAAACAAAUUGGUUCUGAUAGUGAUUAG